AUGACAGCAACAGCAUCAGUAUCAGCACCAUCAGAUGGCCGAAACAUGAAUGGCGAGGCGAGCGAAGGCUUGGUAGAAUCCGCGCCAGCGUCCACGACAUAUGCCGCAGGCAAAACCAAGCAUUCCGGCCUCGCCUCCUCGGAGCUGCACGGCUUCAAGUUAUAUAUGGUUCUGAUUGGCGUCUGCUUCGGCGCCUUUGUCAUGGCUCUCGAUGUCUAUAUCAUCGGAACGGUCAUUCCGUCCAUCACGUCCGACUUUCAGAACACAUCACACAUAUCAUGGUAUCCAGCAGCCUACACGUUGGCAGUCUGCUCACUCACCCCCCUGGCGGGCAAAAUGGCCAGUGUGUUCUCGCUCCGCUGGGUUUACCAAGGCUUUUUCUUCGUCUUCCUCGUCGGCAGUGCCAUAUGUGGCUGGGCCUCCACAAGCGAAAUCUUCAUCGUCGGCCGUACCGUCUCGGGUCUCGGCGCAGCUGCAGUCACCAGCGGAGGUCUCACCGUCGUCUUGGUCAUAUCGUCACCCCGACGUAGGCCGUUGUACAUCGGCCUGUGCAGCAGCUGCUUUGCCCUGGGUCUGAUUCUCGCCCCCAUCAUUGGCGGCGCCUUCACCGAGAAGGUCACCUGGCGCUGGUGUUUCUGGAUUAAUCUACCUGGUGGCGCCGUCACCCUGCUCGCCAUGUUCUUCUUUUUCAAGUUGCCUCCACGAGAAGGCGGCCCCAUGACCACCAUGCAGAAAAUCUUGAGUUUGGAUCUCGUUGGGUCUUUCGUUUUCGCCCCCGGCAUUUUCAUGUUGAUCCUCGCCCUGCAAUGGGGCGGAAAUUCGUACCCUUGGAAGUCAGCAACCAUUAUUGGCCUUUUGGUUGGAUCCAUCGUCAUGCUGGGUCUCUUCGCUGUCUGGGAGUCGCGCUUGGGGGACUCGGCCAUGAUCCCUGGUGUUCUGGUCACAAGACGGACCGUCCUGCUCAGUGUCAUCUUCUCUUUCUGCCAUCUUGGUGCUCUAUCCGUCUCAUCGUACUACCUCCCGGAGUGGUUCCAGGUAGUCCAGGGCGCUACUCCCUUUGAGAGCGGCAUAAGGGUGCUGCCGUCUGUCAUCUCACAAAUCGUGGGAACGAUUUGUGCAGGUGCUACUGGUACGCACAUUUUCAAUACCCUCGCCCAUGUUCCGGCCUCUAAUUCGUCUCUCCAGCCCUCAAAAUCCGUUUUUACAACCCUUGGUUUUAAGUCGGGCCAGUCUUGA